AUGCGCCAGACUAUGAUCUGUCAACGUGAAAAUGCCUUCUAUGUUGACACCGUGAAAGCUUUUCGCGAUCGGCGGUAUGAUUACAAAGAGUUGCUAAAGAAAGCAAAGUCUUCACUUGAUGAAAUUUCAAAAGAUGAUAUCGCGGGGAUUAAAGCUGCACAAGGUAUCUGGUGCCUACUUCCUGCCUCUUUUCCGGAGAAUAUCACCUUUAAGUUGCAAAACCACAAAAAGAAAUCGGUGACCGUAUCUUACCCUGGUGCUAUGCUCAAUGCUGUUGUAAAUGCAGGGUUUACCAAUGACCAGUACCAUAACCUUCAGCCAGAUGGAUCAUACACCAUAUCCAAGGAAAACUCCAUUUUCUUUGAGGUUGAUGGACCAUAUCAAUGUAUGGUACUCCCAGCAUCAAAAGAAGAGGGGAAGAAGCUUAAGAAA